CACCGCCGCUGGCUCAAAACAUCUAAACCGAAGUAUGAACCCACAACUUCAUUGGCAGAAAUAGUCCGAGAGAACAGACGAGAGAGACCGAACGGAGACGAAAACCGAGUGCGCAAAUAACUCGUGGCGGCGGCGGGUGCCUGCGUUUCCUAAUAGGUGUCCGUUUCAAAUAAUAUCAAAGCAAGAAGUUUCACUUUCCACAGGCGGAUGGGUGACUAUCGCUCUCGGCGGCGCUUUGUGAGGAGGAGAUGAUGAAGAAUUUCAGCAACAGUCCCCUUCACAAUAACCAGACUCCAAACCACAUUAGAGAUUGGAACAACAAAAAGUUCGGUUUUCUCUCGGCGGUUCUGUUACGUUUUUCCCUGCGAGGUUAUGGUUUUUGCAUGGCUAGUCUAUUCAUCUUCUGUUUUGGGUCUCUGUUUUACCAGUUGAACGGAGGACCCCCCAACAUUCUACUGGACAUCCGACAGUAUCUCGGAGAAUCCACAUAUCUCGAUGACCACGGACCCCAAGCUCCCCGCGUGCUGCCGUUCCCCAGUCAGGUGGUGUAUAAUCGUGUGGGGAAGUGUGGCAGCAGGACGGUAGUCAUCCUACUAAGGUUACUGGCAGAGAGACACCAGUUCAACCUGGUCUCCUCAGACAUCCACAACAAGACACGCCUCACCAAACAUGAACAGGUGGACCUUAUGAGGAACAUCAGCAACAUCCCUCAGCCUUUCCUGUACACCAGACAUGUCCACUUUCUCAACUUCACCCGGUUCAGGAUAGAGCAGCCCGUCUACAUCAACAUCAUACGGGACCCCAUUAACCGUUUCCUCUCCAACUACUUCUUCCGACGUUUCGGGGACUGGAGGGGGGAGCAGAAUCACCUCAUCCGAACACCAGGGAUGAAAGGUGACGAGAGAUACCUGGAUAUCAAUGUGUGCAUCCUGGAGAAUUACCCAGAAUGCUCCAACCCCAGACUCUUCUACAUCAUCCCAUAUUUCUGUGGACAGCACCCCCAGUGCAGGGAGCCGGGACAAUGGGCACUGGAGAGGGCCAAACAGAACGUUCUAGAGAACUUCCUUAUCGUGGGGAUCCUAGAGGAGCUGGAAGAUGUCCUGCUUCUUCUUGAGAGACUGUUACCUCACUACUUUACUGACGUACUCAACAUCUACAAGAGCCCAGACUACAGGAAGAUGGGGAACAUGACUGGUACGGUGCGUAAACACACACCCACUCUGGAGGCCCUUCAGGUUCUGUACCACCGCAUGCGCUACGAGUACGACUUCUACAACUUCAUCCGAGACCAGUUCCACUUGAUGAAGAAGAAGAUUGGCCUCAAAUCGGUCCCCCGACCAUCUUCCCACCAGGCCUCCUUCCUAAGAGACCUCUCCCUCCGAACCCCAGAGCCCCUGGAUGAAGAUGAGGAGCUGGAGACCGACCUGGAGGAUGCCAACAGCUGGUUCGUCCAGCCCUGACCAAUGCCGUGGUGACUGAGGACUUUACUUGCAUCUGGUUGGCUGGAGGUGGCAUGAUAAAGGGGCGGGGGAUGUGCCCUGUCUGUCAGCAUUCCCAGGAGGGCGAUUGGUUGGGGGUGUGUGGAUCCUGAUGCCUGUGUUUUUACGGGCUACAUAUUCCGUUCAUCUUGGACUCUCUACUCACCGCUGAGAGCCUUAGGAGUGGGCUCUGAUUCUCUGCUACCACUGAGGACCUUAGGAGUGGGCUCUGAUUCUCUGCUACCACUGAGGACCUUGGGAGUGGGCUCGGACUCUCUGCUACCACUGAGGACCUUGGAAGUGGGCUCGGACUCUCUGCUACCACUGAGGACCUUAGGAGUGGGCUCUGAUUCUCUGCUACCACUGAGGACCUUGGGAGUGGGCUCGGACUCUCUGCUACCACUGAGGACCUUGGGAGUGGGCUCGGACUCUCUGCUACCACUGAGGACCUUAGGAGUGGGCUCGGACUCUCUGCUACCACUGAGAACCUUAGGAGUGGGCUCGGACUCUCUGCUACCACUGAGGACCUUGGGAGUGGACUCGGACUCUCUGCUACCACUGAGGACCUUGGGAGUGGACUCGGACUCUCUGCUACCACUGAGGACCUUGGGAGUGGACUCGGACUCUCUGCUCACCGCUGAGGACCUUCGUUGUGGGCGGAUGGAUGGAUGGACGAACUGACAUAUUUAAAGAUUGACUAGAAUAAUGGAUGGGGGGGGGGGGUUGCUUUAAAAAGCUCACUUUGCUUGUUUUAAGGUUUUAUUUUUGUUUUGUUGGUUUGAGGCCGUCCUGUUUGGGGUAUCUCCAGGUGAGAUAAGACAAAAGGGAUUUGGACCUAUGAACAUUUUAAAUGUUGAGGGGAGGGCUACAUGUUAGGAUCAGGAAAAAUUCAGACACCAACAUAGGUGCAGGGAUGAUGGGGUGAAGGAGCAUGUUGAGGUGUGAGAGAGCAGGGAAGAGACAGGGAUGAUGGGGGUGAAGGAGCAUGUUGAGGUGUGAGAGAGCAGGGAAGAGACAGGGAUGAUGGGGGUGAAGGAGCAUGUUGAGGUGUGAGAGAGCAGGGAAGAGAAAGGGAUGAUGGGGGUGAAGGAGCAUGUUGAGGUGUGAGAGAGCAGGGAAGAGAAAGGGAUGAUGGGGGUGAAGGAGCGUGUUGAGGUGUGAGAGAGCAGGGAAGAGACAGGGAUGAUGGGGGUGAAGGAGCGUGUUGAGGUGUGAGAGAGCAGGGAAGAGACAGGGAUGAUGGGGGUGAAGGAACGUGUUGAGGAGUGAGAGAGCAGGGAAGAGACAGGGAUGAUGAAAUUGGAGGGGUUGUGUGUAACAGGUCUACUUUUAGUGCUUGACCACUCCGUCUCUCCCUGUCUCUCCCAGCCUCCUUUUCUCCCUUUCUUUUCCCCUUAUUUUCUCUCUCUCCCUCACACUCUGCCUGUUUUAAGGGCCCUUGUUUUCUCUCUCUCCCUCACACUCUGCCUGUUUUAAGGGCCCUUGUUUUCUCUCUCUCCCUCACACUCUGCCUGUUUUAAGGGCCCUUGUUUUCAAAGUGUUAUUCAAAGUGCCAAACUGUCAAAUGGUAUGUCAUAGUCAUAAACUUCUCUAAGUGCCAAACCUAACCAAGUGGGGUCAGACACCUUCUGUUCCUAGAAACCCUGUUUGGGAGGAUCCUCUGCUCACAGUGGGAGGGGCCGGGGUGACUUGGUUUAGCCCAAAUGUGAUAGUGUCUAUGCAUAACAGAAUCAGUUUACUUUGUUUAAUACAUUUUGAUAUGAUGAGUGGGUCAAAUGGCAGGAAGAGCACCCAACUAUGAAUUCAAAGAAUUCCAACUGUGUGUCUACGAUUGGAUUUGACAACAACAUUUGUCAGACUGACAAUGUAUGAAGAAAGGUUGAAUAUUUUGGUACAUAACUUGGGAAAUAUUAAGAAAUGUAUGAUGUUGGUUGGUGAAAAUGUGUUUUUCCUCAAAUUUUGACAUCUCCAUUGGACCGACCAUUGAUGUUGACAUCUCCAUUGGACCGACCAUUGAUGUUGACAUCUCCAUUGGAACGACCAUUGAUGUUGACAUCUCCAUUGGACCGACCAUUGAUGUUGACAUCUCCAUUGGAACGACCAUUGAUGUUGACAUCUCCAUUGGAACGACCAUUGAUGUUGACAUCUCCAUUGGACCGACCAUUGAUGUUGACAUCUCCAUUGGACCGACCGUUGAUGUUGACAUCUCCAUUGGAACGACCAUUGAUGUUGACAUCUCCAUUGGAACGACCAUUGAUGUUGACAUCUCCAUUGGACCGACCAUUGAUGUUGACAUCUCCAUUGGAACGACCAUUGAUGUUGACAUCUCCAUUGGACCGACCAUUGAUGUUGACAUCUCCAUUGGAACGACCAUUGAUGUUGACAUCUCCAUUGGAACGACCAUUGAUGUUGACAUCUCCAUUGGAACGACCAUUGAUGUUGACAUCUCCAUUGGAACGACCAUUGAUGUUGACAUCUCCAUUGGACCGACCAUUGAUGUUGACAUCUCCAUUGGACCGACCAUUGAUGUUGACAUCUCCAUUGGACCGACCAUUGAUGUUGACAUCUCCAUUGGACCGACCAUUGAUGUUGACAUCUCCAUUGGACCGACCAUUGAUGUUGACAUCUCCAUUGGACCGACCAUUGAUGUUUGACAUCUCCAUUGGACCGACCAUUGAUGUUGACAUCUCCAUUGGAACGACCAUUGAUGUUGACAUCUCCAUUGGAACGACCAUUGAUGUUGACAUCUCCAUUGGACCGACCAUUGAUGUUGACAUCUCCAUUGGACCGACCAUUGAUGUUGACAUCUCCAUUGGACCGACCAUUGAUGUUGACAUCUCCAUUGGAACGACCAUUGAUGUUGACAUCUCCAUUGGAACGACCAUUGAUGUUGACAUCUCCAUUGGACCGACCAUUGAUGUUGACAUCUCCAUUGGACCGACCAUUGAUGUUGACAUCUCCAUUGGAACGACCAUUGAUGUUGACAUCUCCAUUGGAACGACCAUUGAUGUUGACAUCUCCAUUGGAACGACCAUUGAUGUUGACAUCUCCAUUGGACCGACCAUUGAUGUUGACAUCUCCAUUGGAACGACCAUUGAUGUUUGACAUCUCCAUUGGAACGACCAUUGAUGUUGACAUCUCCAUUGGAACGACCAUUGAUGUUGACAUCUCCAUUGGAACGACCAUUGAUGUUGACAUCUCCAUUGGAACGACCAUUGAUGUUGACAUCUCCAUUGGACCGACCAUUGAUGUUGACAUCUCCAUUGGACCGACCAUUGAUGUUGACAUCUCCAUUGGAACGACCAUUGAUGUUGACAUCUCCAUUGGAACGACCAUUGAUGUUUGACAUCCUUCAACAACAACAGAAAUCGAAUAAAAAGAUUAUUUCAAAGAUAAAUCUGAGGGAUGAAACAUUUAAAUCCAACGCUUUACCUGAACUCACCAAAUGAAAUGACAAUGUGUUCACAGUCUGCACUUCGUCUUAUUUGAGAUUGUUCAACCUCGGCUUGUUGGUUACUGUAAUGUCUAAAUCCACAACUUUGUUUCUAAACUCUCCCCUGACUCUCAGUGCUACAAUAUUUCAUAGAGCAGCCAUGGUGGUGUACUUUGGCCAUUUACUGAUAACUCAACACCCAGAGAAGAAAAUGGCCACAACCACCUACCUGGCAGUCAUACCUAUAGUUGCGGUCAAAUAUAUUGGCACCCUCACUAUUUCUUCUAAAAUAAGUAGAUUUGGAAAAAGAUAUUAAUGUGUAUGUGUUUGAUUUACAACUGCACAGGACCAAGAAGAAAGUAAAAAAUCCAAACUGAAAUUAAGACUUUUCACUUCAAAGUUAAAAAUAGCCUUGACUAAGUGAUUCACAAUUCAAAUUGAUUUGUUUCUAAUUCUGGUUUACUGUGCAAUUUAUCUCACCUGUGGAAAGUUCCAGGUGCCUACAGGGUAAAAAGAGCAAUUCAACCCGUUUUAAAUGCUCCAUUGCACUCAAUUAAAAAGGGCAAGGUGCCAAUAUGUUUGACCACAUCUGUAAGCCAUAGUCAUUGUACUGUCAUUGCCUUCAGCGUGGAUUUUCUUUUUGACAUUUUAAUUUAUUAUUAUGUAUCCAUUUUCAUUCCAGAAAGGAUUCUCAGGAAAAAAAAGGUUUCUUACAACGUUGAAAUAAGUUGUACAAUCAAGCUAUUCAUAGUAUCUUAAGAUGAGUAAAAUAUCAUCUUAUAUCCCCAAUAAAAUUAUAUGAACAUUUUAAAGAAAUGGUUGAACUGUUUUUACAAUAAAUGGAAUCCAUUCAUUUCAAUCUCCCCUGUCAGUUUUCUAAAUAAAAACCUAACAAUUGCA